GAAUCUACAACCCAAAUUACUACAUCACAAACCCUACCUGUUUCAACAAAUAUAAUAGUUGAUUCUCCUCAAGCUACACCGCAAGAAUUGCAGAAGAGAUACGAUAAUGAUAAUCUUACUAUAAAAAGUUCAACACAAGGAAUUAUAAAUAAAAAUUAUUUGGAAGAUGAUAACAUAACGAGAAAAAAAGUAUCAAACUUCUCUAAUUCUAGCAUAAAAACACCUAAAAAUAAGACGAUGUCUAAAAGUCGUGAAUCGAGUUUAAUUAAAUUUUCUGAAAAGUCUUUGAGUGAAAUCAUUAAUGACAAACAUGAAUCAAACAUAGAAAAUAAAAAUAAAGAAAUUGAUAUGAUUAAUGAUUCUUUUAGAGACACUAAUAUUACACAACACAAUAAUUCUCAAAUUACUGAAAUUUUCCCGAUUCCUGUAAUUACAGAUUCUAUAGAGAAAUUAAAUCAUGGUGGAACCAAAAAAGAUAAACUAUCAGAAAAAAAUUCCCAGGAAAUUAUGGAAAAACCAAAUACUUUUAAGACAGAAUUGGGUGAAGUAGUUACAACAAAAUUAAGUCAACAUUAUGAAACACUAAAUGACAUGAAAGAAAAUAAUGCUGAAGCAUUCAUAAAACCUCAGUUAAUACUUAAAAAUUACGCCAGUAUGGAAAACGGUUUCCAAAAAACGAGUAAACUUAAUAUAAUUUCUAAUGAAAAUAUUCAUGCACCGUUACCUAGCGCGAACAACAAUAAAACAAAUGAAGACACUAAAAAUGAUGAAAUCAAGUCUUUUUCUAUAAAAAAUGAAUCGAAGCACUUGGAAUUGAAACCGACGACAAAUACCAAUAGUUCAAAAGAUCGUUUAAAAUUACUUUAUAACAAUCCUAAUGACGAAUUUAACAAUAGCGAUGUAUUUCAACUUGAUUUUGCAUUGCAAUCUUAUGUUAACAAUGACAAAGAAAGAGCUUUCAAAACAAUAGACUCGGCUACUGCACGUGACAACGAUAAACAAGAGCCUAUAUUAUUAUUUAAGUCAAAAUUACGAGUUAACGAAGACGAAAUGAAACUACCAAUAGAUCCGUACACGGAUUUUGUAGUUUUAUUAAAGAGAAAUAACCUUAUAAACACAGAGGAUGCAAAAAAAAUACUUUCUCGGGAGGCACUUCACAUUAAAAAGGAAAAACAUUAUGCGCGCGUUUUGAACGAGUUUCAAGAAACUAUGUCGAAGGUUUACGAACAGACUUUGAUUCCCGUACAAAACAUGUUACAAACUUUGAAAGAAGAAGUUGACAUUUUAGCUCGUAACCAGAUUGUAAUCCGAGAAAUGUUGAGAAAUAAAUCGAAACCGACAAGGCUCAUAAACGUCAAUAGAAGAUGUUCAUGUUAUCGCAAGUGAAGAUGACAUCUUAAU